UUUUUCUGCUCUUUGUCUUAUAGCUUAUCGUUAUUUAGGAAAAGGUUAUUAUUGGGAAAUGGCAGAAGCAGUUUUCCAUGCCCCAAAAAGGAAAAGAAGAGUGUUUGAGUCAUAUGAUUCUCCAUUCCCUAUUCCUGCCUCUCUGGAAGACAUCUGUGGGAAAGAUUUCAAGAUAUGCCAGGCAGAAAUUAUUAACAAUAAUGUAAUUGUAAGGAACCCUGAAGACAUAGAACAGUUGUAUAGCAAGGGCUAUUUUGGAAAAGGUAUUCUUUCAAGAAGCAGACCAGAAUACAAUAUUUCAGACCCUUUAUUGGCUGCUAAGUGGCAAGAUGCCAAGAUAAACAUGCCCAUACUCUCCUCAAAAAAGUACCAGUGUCAUCUUGAAUGGGCUAAAUGCCUAAUGAGAGAGCAAGGACUUGAUGAUUGUUCCAUUAACAAAAUUAUUGAAAAUUAUACCAAACCAUUUAAUCUGCCCUUUGUGAAAGGGGAUGGAGAAGUUGCACAAAAUGAUGACUCUUACUGCAGAGUGGCUGCAGAAAUGGAAAAUGUAGAUGAUGGAAUGAAACUUCCAAGAGGUUCUGCCGUAAAUAAUAGAGAUUCAGCGGCACCAAACAUUGAUUGUCAUAACAAGAGUCCAGAUGGCAAGAAAACUUGUUUGGAAAGUGAUUCAGUUUACACUGAUCCAUUAGCUAAGCAUGGAUCUGAGGAAUUAUAUGCACUAGACACUAAAGUUAAAAUGCAUUGCCAAAGCCAGGAUAAUAUUAUUGUGCGUUGUGGCUGCAAGGCUGAAGAGUAUGCCAACCAAGUAUUUUGUGACUUGGAGAAAGGGAAAGAAGAUGCUUAUGAGUAUAUAUUGGUUCAAGAGGAAGAAAUCAAAUUGUGCCCUGAAGACAAAGCAGUAAAUGAUCAAUCAGAUCUAAUCAAACGGGAAAAAUUAGUAUGCAGAAGAAAUCCAUUUAGGAUUUUUGAAUAUUUGCAACUCAGCCUAGAGGAGGCAUUUUUCUUGGUUUAUGCGCUAGGAUGUUUGAGUAUUUAUUAUAAUGAGGAACCUUUAACUAUUUUGAAGUUAUGGGAAGUUUUUAGUGAAGUGCAACCUAAUUUUAGAACGACAUACAUGGCAUAUCACUACUUCCGAAGUAAGGGUUGGGUCCCCAAAGUAGGACUGAAGUAUGGAACUGAUCUCUUGCUAUAUCGAAAAGGUCCUCCUUUUUACCAUGCAAGUUACUCGGUUAUUGCUGAACUGGUUAAUGACAACUUUGAAGGGUCUCUGCACAGACCACUCAACUGGAUGUCUUUGUCUGGCUUGAACAGAACAACAAUGAAUGUGUCCAAGGAACUUAUGUUAUGCUAUUUGAUUAGAUCAUGUGAUAUGACUGACAAAGAAAUGUCAUCACCAGAAUGUCUGAAAAGAAUUAAAGUUCAAGAAUUGAUUGUAAGUCGGUGGGUCUCUUCCCGUGAGCGCAGUGAACAAGAUGAAUAAUAAUAAGAUGGACCAAGAAAUCCAGUGUUAAAGAAGCAAAUAUUAUAAACAAAUUAGGUUGAGAGAAGUUUAAUCUUUACUUGA